AUGAAAGUCCAGAAUUCAUUGAACAGAGAGCGUCCAUUGUCACGUCAAAACUCUCUCAAACUCAAUAAAGAAUCUCAUAAGAUCAUCAAGAACGCGCCAUUGCAAAUUCCUCAGUCCCGGGUUAUCAUCUAUUCCCUGCCUCAAAGAGUCGCCAACGUCACUUCCCCCCAGGACUUCAAAGACGUCGUCCACACGGGUAACGGACAACCAACCGCAGCCAGUGAGGUUUCUCCGGCGGCGAGGCUUGCUUCGACGGAAAGAACGAAGAAGAAAGAAAAGCCUUCUUGGAGUACUGGUGAUGAUGACAUGAUGCGGAUGUUGGAGGAUGGCGUGCAAAUGAGUCAAUUUCCAGGAAUUUUAUUGCCAGAGCCGGCGAGAUUGCCGCCAUUGUCUCCUCAGAAUUUCUCACCGAUAACAUGGCCAGUGACACCAACAGAUGCUUUCUCGCAAAUUUUCCCAUCGACACCGGAGACAUUACAACAAAAACCGAUCGGGGUGUUUUCACCUGUUUUAAGCCCGCAGUCGCAGACGGUGUUGUCUUAUAAUGACGUUUGGCCUGAGAACAACGCCUUUGCAAAACCGUCGGAGUUUCAUUCCCCUGAAGUUGGUUUGCCACAGUCACCACCGUCGCCACCGAUCCAGUUCAAUCCUUUCAAUUACGACUAA